UGGCACCUAACCUGUCAGAAGUAGCAGAUCACAACCGUGAUCAGUUUUUGGGCAUAUUAAGAUACAAGAUUUUAGGUUCGUGGAUCUGCCGUGUUUGUCACCACGGACAGCAAAGAAAUAAUAAGCAGAGGCAGUGAAAAUUUCCUAUCGAUGCGUAUGUAGAGCAGAGUAGCGGUGAUCGUUAAAGGUGGCCAUCCGAUUUUCACGAGAGCUCCCUUGUCCAACCCUGCCUGUUAUGCGGUGGUGAACGUCGACAGUGACGGGUAGUAGUGUUGUAGCACCAAGAUUUUUGAUGUUCCGAAGUUCCCUGCCAAAAGAUCGAAGCCACUACUAACGAUGCACAUCCUGAUGUAACUACUUCGAAAUUAUUGUAGGAAGUAGUAACAGUGACGCUCACUCGACAAGCGUAUAGAAAUAUGAUGUCAGGGUAUCGAGGCAGCGGAGGAUCUGGGAGUUAUUACGGAGGCUCCUCAGGCCUCAGACAAAUAGAUUUAGAUCAAAUCUGGGGAGAUCUUCGAGAGGGCAUCGAACAAGUUUAUAACAGACAAUGCAUGUCUAAACCAAGAUAUAUAGAAUUGUACACACACGUAUAUGAUUACUGUACGAGUGUUCAUCAACAAUUAAAUAGAACAUCAACUAAAACCAAGAAAGGACAAAUUUCUCAAGGAGGUGCACAGUUAGUUGGAUUGGAAUUAUAUAAACGUUUACGUGACUUUCUUAGAAAUUAUCUCAUUAGUUUAUUGAAGCAUGGUGUAGACUUGAUGGACGAAGAUGUACUACAAUUCUAUACAAGACAAUGGGAAGAGUAUCAAUUUAGUAGUAAAGUUUUACAUGGUGUGUGUGCGUAUCUAAAUCGCCACUGGGUACGCAGGGAAAGCGAUGAAGGACGUAAACAUGUGUAUGAAAUUUAUCAGUUAGCUUUGGUUACAUGGAGAGAAAACUUAUUUAAGCAUUUAAAUAAACAAGUUACAAAUGCAGUGCUUAAGUUGAUUGAAAGAGAACGCAAUGGGGAAACAAUAAACACACGCUUAGUCAGUGGGGUAAUUAAUUGUUAUGUAGAGUUGGGUUUGAAUGAGGAUGGACAUAAUCUUACUGUUUAUAAAGAUUCGUUCGAGAAUAUUUUUCUUGAAGAUACAGAAAGGUUUUACACUCGUGAAAGUUCAGAAUUCCUCAGACAAAAUCCAGUCACGGAAUAUAUGAAAAAGGUAGAACAAAGGCUAUUAGAAGAACGAAAGCGGGUUCACGUUUACUUACAUCAAACAACAUGCGAUAGAUUGGCCAAAACAUGCGAAAAAGUGUUAAUUGAGAAACAUUUAGACAUAUUUCACUCCGAAUUUCAAAAUCUUUUAAAUGCUGACAAAAAUGCAGAUUUAGGUCGAAUGUAUCAGUUAGCAACAAGGAUACCUAAUGCUCUUGGCGAACUAAGAAGUCAUUUAGAAAGUCAUAUAGCGAAUCAAGGACUUGCAGCUAUUGAUAAAUGUGGUGAAGCUGCAUCUAAUGAUCCAAAGGUUUACGUGAAUACGACUCUAGAGAUUCAUAAAAAAUACAAUGCUUUAGUACUUGUUGCAUUUAACAACGACAGCGGUUUCGUGGCAGCUCUUGAUAAGGCUUGUGGAAGAUUUAUUAAUAAUAACUCGGUAACUAGAACAGCAAAUAGUAGCAGUAAAUCACCAGAGCUACUUGCAAAAUAUUGUGAUCUAUUGUUAAAGAAGAGUAGUAAAAAUCCUGAGGAGGCAGAACUUGAGGACACACUUAAUCAAGUUAUGGUGGUAUUUAAAUACAUUGAAGAUAAGGAUGUAUUUCAAAAAUUUUAUAGUAAAAUGCUGGCGAAACGUUUGGUACAGCACAUGUCAGCCAGUGAUGAUGCAGAGGCUUCUAUGAUCUCGAAAUUAAAACAAGCCUGUGGUUUCGAAUACACUUCAAAAUUACAACGGAUGUUCCAGGAUAUCGGUGUGUCCAAGGACCUGAAUGAGCAGUUUAAAAGACACUUGACAAAUUCUGCUGAACCGCUGGACAUAGAUUUCAGUAUACAAGUGUUGUCGUCUGGCUCAUGGCCGUUUCUACAAACUUUUACGUUCUCGUUACCAACCGAGCUAGAAAGAUCUGUACAUAGGUUUACCACUUUCUAUAGUUCACAGCAUAGUGGAAGGAAGCUGAGUUGGCUAUACAAUAUGUCAAAAGGAGAAUUACAUACAAAUUGUUUUAAAAAUAGAUACACAUUACAAGCUUCUACUUUUCAAAUGGCCGUUCUAUUACAAUUUAACGGAUCCACAGUAUGGACAAUACAGCAAUUGCAUGAUGCAACGCAAAUAAAAAUGGAUUUUUUGUUCCAAGUGAUACAAAUACUCUUGAAAUCGAAACUAUUAACGUCAGCUGCAGACGACGUAACUGAAUUGACUCCAUUGUCUACAGUGGAACUGUUCACGGGAUACAAAAACAAGAAACUAAGAGUAAAUAUUAAUAUACCAAUGAAAACGGAAUUGAAAAUCGAACAAGAAACUACACAUAAACAUAUAGAGGAAGAUAGAAAACUUUUGAUUCAAGCAGCAAUCGUUAGGAUUAUGAAAAUGAGGAAAGUAUCGAAGCAUCAGCAACUGGUGGCUGAAGUAUUGAAUCAGUUAAGCUCUAGGUUCAAGCCCAGAGUACAUAUUAUUAAGAAAUGUAUAGAUAUUUUAAUUGAAAAAGAAUAUCUGGAGCGCACAGAGGGUCAAAAGGACACUUAUAGCUACCUGGCAUGAUCAAGUUGAUCUAGGACAACGAUACAGCAGCAACCAUAUACGCAAAAGAAAGAUGACUCUCCACUCUCAUUGCUACAUACUCGCAAUAUUUAUUUAAGUCUCAUAUUUUGAAUCUCGUAUAUUUUCCCUGUACAUGGAUGCCCUUGUACCAUGUUGUCCCUCUGGUCGCAUUUUUAGAGUGGUUUUUAUAAUAUAUUAAUAAAAUUAUUUCAUAGUCAAGCUGCUAGGUGUGUUACUGUCUGUGCCGUCUCUGAAAUAUGUUAUUUGAAAAACAUUUAUCGAUACAAAUCUGUAGACACAAUAGCAGAAGGCUAUGUUCUUCAAACUAUAUAAAACGUGUUUAAUAAAAUUUAAAAAAAAAGUAUCAAAUUAAUUAUCACAAAGCUAAAACAAAAAGAUAUAUUCUGUGAAUAAAAUAUUGAUAGAGAAAAAAGAUUCAGGGUACAUUAUAAGUCGCAUUACUCAGAAUGAACGAAAAGCUAUAAAAGGGAAACAUAAUUUCAGCUAUUUGUAUUAUAGAAUACGGAACGUGUCGUAAAUUCGUAUAAGCACACAUAGAUAGUAAUGCAUUUUAGCAAUUGUGAAGUCCUGCUAGCAAUCACGUGUAUAAGGAACAAAAUUUUGUACCAGUGAAUAAACGAAACUGCCCUAGAAAUGUGAAGAAUCGAGUUGUUCUUUCGUUCAGAGCAGUCUCAAUCUAAAAAUCAAUCGAUUCAAUAGCUGGCAGUCCUUGAAAGAGAAAACACGGGAUUAUCGAGUGGUCCCAUGAAGAUCAUAAAGGGUUGACUAAGAAAUAUUAAUUGUACACAUUGUAUCUAAGGCUUAGAAAGCUCGUUUCACCCAUGAAGUGAAAAUAACGUUUAAAAUAUGAGACUAAUGAAUUUUCCUUGUUGAUGCUAGAUGUAUUCGAGGCAAAUUAUUCGAAUGAUUUCAUCAAAAUUAUUCCUUCUAGUAAUUAGAACGCAUUAGAUAUUCACAGUGCAAUAUAAAAUAAAAAGAAGAAAAUUUGUGGUAUGCUAUAAUUUUGAGUGUAGUCACAAAAAGUGGCUUCACGUUUAAUUUUAAAAACUCAACGAUCAUUGUCAAUGCAUCGGUGCCACUAAUACUAAGGAUGAUAUAGUACACCACAAUAUAUAAAAAUAUAGAAAUUUAAUGCUUGCAAAUAUUACCACGAUUUUGGAGUUGACAUGUAAAAAGGCUGAGAAGUAUAAGUCUCGAACUGAAAGUUAUUGUAAUUAAAACCGAAAAAAUUAAAUUACAACUUAUUUGAGGGUGAGUAAUGUCUCGAUAUUCAAUUAUGAAAAACAAAAAAAAAUAUUAACUUAAUGUAUUUUAUUAUAAUAAAAACAUUAGCAUGAA